CACGUGAUGUCUACUUCCUCGAUAUUCCCACUUGCAAUGACGUAAUUGUUGGAGCUAGACGACCUUCAGAGCUGAUCUCUAAGAGACUGACUUAGCACUAGAUUAUUUAUGGCUGAAAGAGAACAGGGUGGCGAUGAAGUCAGUGAGCAGGAACUACUGAACAAGCAACUUGUGGAAGCUACCGAGCAGAACAAUUUAAAAGAGAUAUGUCGUCUGUUGGAGGCAGGAGCAUCUCAGAAUGCUCGUCACGUCUCUGGAGAGACAGUGCUAAUGAUAGCAUGUAGGGAAGGGUUCGAGUCAGCAGUGAAGGAGCUUUUAAAACGACGAGCGGAUGUGAAUAUGUGUGAUGACUAUGGGUGGACACCUCUACUAGCUGCAAUGCAAAGUGGACAUAAUGAUAUUGCCGACAUGAUAAUACAAGCACCUGUCAAUUUCAAAAAUGAACACAAGCUGUACAAACAAAAUACAGAAGUCAUUGCGUUGGCUGAUGCCAGUUGGGAUCACAUCUCUAUGUAUCCUGAUGAGCUGGCAUUCCGACGAGGAGAUGUGAUUGCUAUCACCGACUGCAGCGAUGGAGAGUGGUGGAUUGGCUUUGUUGACAGUCCAAGUGGCCCUGUUGAUAGUCCAAGUGGCCCUGUUGAUAGUCCAAGUGGCCUGUUCCCACCUUCUUGUGUUCGGUUGCGAGUUGAUGAGGCCAAUGAGUUAAUGUCAAAUCGCCGUGUCACGUUCUCCAUACGUCAGAAACCAAAGUUGAGUCAAGAGCAAGUUCGAGCUAAAGUUAUAGAAGAAAUCUUGAGCACCGAAGAGGUGUACGUACGGCAUCUACGGGAUGUCACUGAGGGAUAUCUGAAGCGAUGCCGAGAGAAGUCAACUCUCUUUCCACCUCAAGUGUUACGUACUGUCUUCUCUAACAUCGAAGAAAUCUAUAGCUUUCACUGUAACUUCUUGACCUUGCUGAAGGAAUCUGUAGUGCAGGAAAAAGUUUACAACAGCUGCAUUGGUCACUGCUUUAUGGAAAAGACGGGUUGGUUUCAAAGAUAUUCAGAGUAUUGCAACAACCACCCUAAUGCUGUGUCUCAAAUGACAUUAUUACAAGCUGACACGCACUACAAACAUUUCUUUGAGGCCUGCCGCCUUCUGCAGGAAAUGGAUGAGAUCUCACUUGAAGGCUAUCUUCUCACCCCUGUUCAGAAGAUCUGCAAAUAUCCACUACAAUUGGCUGAGCUACAGAAGAACACAAGCUCAAGUCAUCCUGAUUACAAAAUGGUAGUUCAAGCUCAGAAGACCAUGGCCAGUGUUGCUGAAGGAAUUAAUGAACGUAAACGUCGGAAUGAAAGUCUACACAAGAUUGCCCAGUGGCAGGUGACGAUUGAAGAGUGGAAUGGAGAGGAUGUGAUCACAAGGAGUAGUGAGCUUAUUCACAGUGGAGAAAUAUACAAGAUAUCUAAAGGACAUUCGCAAGAACGUGUUUUCUUUCUAUUUGAUUUUCAACUUAUUUACUGCAAAAAGGAAUUGCUUGGAGGUGGUCUUCACUAUCGAGGUAGAUUAAAUAUGGAUGAAUGUAAUGUUGUUCCUCUACAAGACGGUGAAGUAACUCACAAUGUGUCUCCUGUGCUGAAUGCGUGGAAGAUGAACAAUGUGAAAAAAAACAAAUGGUAUGUUCUGUACACAAAGAGUCCUGAUAUGAAGAAGAAGUGGCUGCAGGCAUUCAAGGAUGAACGAGAACUAAUAACUAGGGAGAAAACUGAUGAUUUGAUGGUAACUGGAAAAAAACGGGAAGACAUUAUGAUUUCUGCUAGAACCAAGAAGCCUUCAUCAACAAAGCGAAAAGGCAAGGCUCGUGUUGCACGUAGUGGUGCAGACGUUCCACAAUCAUUAGGAUCUCCAAGGAGUUCGGCGGUAGUAUCACCAGACAAAUUUCCAGACUCUAAUGGUGGCAAAAAGCAGCGAAAUGGUAGCAAAGGCAAAUUAUUUGGCAGCAGAAAAUAAUGUUGGUGACGUGACCAUAAUUUUGAUACCUUCUCCUUGGACAAGCAAUGAAAUGCUGUAGAGAUAAAUUAGCAGUUGUCUUUGAAACUCUUUGAACUGGAUUAUUUCUUAUCAUUUCUAUAGUUUGUGUAAUUUAGACAUUUGGCAUAGGUUCGACUGUUGUAUGACUGCGAAAUUCAUGAAUGUCAUUUUGAUAUAAUUCGUAUGUACACUUCCAGUACUAAGA